GUCUGUAUUUGCUCCUGCGUUUGAUGGUUGCGUAACCUAUUCUGUUAACAUGUUAAUGCUUUAGGUUUAUGUAUAAUUUUAAUGUUGUCAUGUUAAAAAUUAGUUUAAUGUACAUUUUGGUGAUUGACUGAAUCUUCAUAAUUGAAAUUAACAGGUAUGUGGAAUUGAAGAAGAAGAAGAGGUGUAAGAACUUCAUUUGCAGCUAAUAUCUGGCCUUUGGUAUGAAAUAACUGAGGUUCAUUUUAUGUGACACAAUCAAUGGAUUGUCACGGCUCUGGUGCUGCUCAGCCACAACCAGUGGCCUCACCGAUGGGCCCACCUCCCCCACAGACUCCCUCCCCCAUGCCGCCUCCCCAGACGCCACCUCCUCCAACUCAAGGACAGCAGCAGGUCCUAUCCCCGAUGGGCCCUCCACAGCAGGUGAUGUCUCCAGGACCUCCACCCAGUCCUGGCCGACAAGUGGCAUCUCCCUCACAUCAGCAUUUGAACACACAUGGCCACAUGGGCUACCAACAGCAAUCUCUUUGCCCUAGUGGAAUGCUGCCCAGUCCACAAAUGUCAGGGCAGAUGGUUCCUCAGUCCUCAUCACAAGAUACAUACCAAGCUCUGCAGAGGGCGAUUGGAGCUAUGGAAGAAAAGGGUAUGCAGAGUGAUCCCCGAUAUUCACAGCUCUUGGCCCUUCGUGCUCGGCAGGUUUCUUACAGUUCCCCAGGCCAAGCAGAUCCUUCACGAGUAAUGCAGACUUGCUUGCAGGGACCAGGUGGUUUUCUUGAUGGAACUCCAAAGUACAUCUUCAGUUCUCUUCAACUGCAGCAGUUGCGAGUGCAGAUUAUGGCAUACCGACUGCUAGCACGUAACCAGCCACUGACGAGUCAGAUGGCUCUGGCUGUACAAGGGAAACGGAUAGAUCCUGCCCCCCUUCAGCGGAUGCCACAACAAUUAGAUCCAGGUGCAGUAGGUGGAGUGAUGCAGCAGCCAAUGAGAGCUCCUGGCCCAGUAGGAGGUCAGCCACCGAGCCAGUCUCCACUUCCAGGUCAGCCUGCUCCAUCACCAGGCCAACAGACAGUGGGCACAUCUCCAACCACAAGCACAUCCCCUGGCACCGGUGCAGGUACUGGGACUCCGGUAGUACAGCCAACAUCUGCAACGCAGUGCCCUCGUUCUCUCCCUUCCUCAGGACCAGCAGCAAGUGCCCAGUCUGCUGCACAACCGCCACCACAACAGAAACAGAACCGGGUGACCCCCAUAGCCAAACCUGCAGGGCUUGAUCCCCUGAUCAUACUUCAGGAGAGGGAAAACAGGUUGGCUGCAAGAAUUGCACACCGAAUUGAAGAACUGAAUAAUUUACCAACUGUCAUGGCUGAAGAUUUGAAAAUUAAAGCACAAAUUGAGCUGCGUGCUCUGAGGUUGUUAAACUUCCAGCGACAAUUGCGAACAGAGGUUGUGGCAUGCACAAGAAAGGACACGAUGUUAGAAACUUCUUGUCACAUUAAAACUUACAAACGAACAAAACGCCAAGGUCUCCGUGAAGCUCGGGCUACUGAGAAGUUAGAGAAGCAGCAGAAACUGGAGGCAGAAAGGAAGCGCCGGCAGAAACAUCAAGAAUACUUGAAUGCUGUUCUGCAGCAUGGAAAGGACUUGAAAGAGUACCACAGAAACAACAUUGCCAAGAUCUUGAGACUAAAUCGUGCAGUGUUAAACCAUCAUGCUAAUGCAGAGCGUGAACAAAAGAAAGAACAGGAAAGGAUUGAGAAGGAGAGGAUGAGGAGACUCAUGGCAGAGGAUGAGGAAGGUUACAGGAAGCUGAUUGAUCAGAAGAAAGACAAACGGCUUGCAUUUUUGUUAUCACAGACGGAUGAAUAUAUAGGCAAUCUCACAGAAAUGGUGAAGCAGCACAAAGUUGAGCAACGUCGUAAACAGCGUGAGCAAAAGGAGAGGAAGAAGAAGAAAAAGAAGAGAUCAGAAGAUGGUGAGAUGAUAGAUGGGCUGAAUGAUGAAAGUUCACAGAUGUCUGAUGUGCGAGUCACAGUAAUGGAAACAGCCAGUGGGAAAAUUCUCUGUGGAGAUGAGGCUCCUCUGGCAAGUCAGUUCCAGAUGUGGCUUGACAUGCACCCUGGAUGGGAGGCUGCCCCACGUGAAGAUGAUGAUGAGGAUGAAGAUGACGAUGUAUCGGAUGAUGAUAGUGAUGAUUACGAAGACGAGGACAGAGUUGUGAAGAAGAGUAGGGAUGGUAAUUCAUUGAAUUCCAAGUUGUCUGAAGAAGAGAAAGCAAAGGUUGUGAUACAGAAGGCCAAAGUGGAGGAUGAUGAGUACAAGAACUUUACAGAGGAACAGACAUAUUAUAGCAUUGCUCAUACAAUUACAGAAAAGGUGACAGAGCAGGCAUCAGUAAUGGUGAAUGGCAAGUUGAAAGAAUACCAGAUACGGGGUCUGGAGUGGUUGGUAUCUCUGUAUAACAACAAUCUGAAUGGGAUCCUGGCAGAUGAAAUGGGUUUGGGGAAAACUAUUCAAACCAUUGGACUUAUCACAUACCUGAUGGAAAAGAAGAGAGUCAAUGGACCCUAUCUCAUCAUUGUGCCUUUGUCCACACUAUCCAAUUGGGUGCUGGAGUUUGAGAAGUGGGCCCCAUCUGUGAUUGUCGUGGCAUACAAGGGCUCUCCAGCCAUGCGCCGUACAAUACAAAGCCAGAUGCGUGCCACCAAGUUCAAUGUGCUGCUCACAACAUAUGAGUACAUCAUCAAGGACAAAGCUGUGCUCGCCAAGUUGCGUUGGAAGUUCAUGAUUAUUGAUGAGGGACACCGCAUGAAGAACCAUCAUUGCAAAUUGACGCAAGUUCUGAACACACACUAUCUGGCUCCACAUCGUUUGUUGCUUACCGGCACCCCUCUACAGAACAAGUUGCCUGAGCUCUGGGCACUUCUGAACUUUCUGCUUCCCUCAAUCUUCAAGUCAGUCAGUACCUUUGAGCAGUGGUUCAAUGCUCCUUUUGCUACAACAGGAGAGAAGGUUGAACUGAAUGAAGAAGAAACAAUAUUGAUUAUCCGUCGUUUGCAUAAAGUUUUGCGCCCAUUCCUACUUCGUCGUUUGAAGAAGGAGGUCGAGUCGCAGUUACCAGACAAAGUAGAGUACAUCAUCAAGUGUGACAUGUCAGGGCUGCAGAGAGUGCUUUACAGCCACAUGCAGAGUAAGGGCGUCCUUCUAACUGAUGGAUCUGAGAAAGGAAAGCAAGGGAAGGGUGGGGCCAAAGCCCUUAUGAAUACCAUCAUGCAGCUUCGUAAACUUUGCAACCAUCCAUUCAUGUUUCAGCACAUUGAGAAGGCAUAUUGUGACCAUGUUGGCAUUCAUGGAAGUGUUGUAAUAGGGCCAGAUCUGUACCGAGCAUCAGGAAAAUUUGAGUUGCUUGAUCGCAUUUUGCCAAAGUUGAAGGCAACCAGUCAUCGUGUACUGCUUUUCUGUCAAAUGACGCAGCUGAUGACCAUUAUGGAGGACUACCUUGGCUGGCGUGGGUUUAUCUAUUUGCGUUUGGAUGGCACCACGAAGGCAGAAGACAGGGGUGAACUUCUGCGCAAGUUUAACAGUCCUGGUUCUGAUUACUUUGUGUUUUUGUUGAGCACUCGAGCUGGAGGACUGGGUCUGAACUUGCAAUCUGCUGACACUGUCAUCAUCUUUGACUCUGAUUGGAAUCCACACCAGGAUUUGCAAGCCCAGGAUCGAGCGCACCGUAUUGGUCAGAAGAAUGAAGUGCGGGUCCUCCGACUCAUGACAGUAAAUUCUGUGGAGGAACGUAUUCUAGCAGCUGCACGUUACAAACUCAACAUGGAUGAGAAAGUGAUUCAGGCUGGCAUGUUUGAUCAGAAGUCAACAGGCUCAGAGCGCCAGCAGUUCCUCAAAACGAUUCUUCACCAGGAUGAGGCAGAUGAUGAGGAAGAGAAUGAAGUGCCUGAUGAUGAGACAGUGAACCAGAUGAUUGCUCGGUGCGAGACCGAAUUUGAGUUGUUUCAGAAGAUGGAUCUAGAACGUCGUCGUGAGGACUCUAAACUUGGCUCAGACCGCAGACCUCGUCUAAUGGAAGAACAGGAGUUGCCAACAUGGCUUGUGAAAGAGGAUGAAGAAGGAGAUAAGUGGACAGCAGAGGAAGAAGAAGAACGCUACUAUGGGCGAGGAUCUCGCCAACGUAAGGAAGUGGAUUACACUGACAGUCUGACAGAGAAGGAAUGGCUGAAGGCCAUUGAUGAAGGAAUUGAGGAGGAGGAUGAAGAAGAAAGAAAACCUGCAAGAAAGAAGUUCCGCAAGCGGAAGCGGAAAGAUGAGGAUGAUCCUGGAAGUGGGAGCAGUGCAACAGUGGUAGGACCACCUGUUGUGAUGGUAGUAGAGCAGUCCCAUGUCAAGAAACGACGUGGGAGGCCUCCCCUUGAAAAGGGAUCUAUGUUGAAUAGCAAAAUAAAAAAACAAAUGCGGAAACUCGUGAACAUUGUGAUUAAGUACACUGAUCGUGAUGGUCGAACACUGAGUGGACCCUUUAUGAAGCUACCUUCCAAGCAGGAGCUCCCAGGCUAUUAUAACAUUAUAAAGAGGCCCAUUGAUAUUAAAAAAAUACAGCAAAGGCUGGAAGAAAAUAAGUAUAGCUCAUUUUUCGAUCUGGAACGUGACUUCAUUCAGAUGUGUCGCAAUGCACAGAAGUAUAAUGAAGAAGCAUCGCUGAUUCAUGAAGACUCAAUAGUAUUGGAGACAGUGUUUGCAAAUGCCCGAGUUCGACUGGAACAGGAUUCAGAACCAGCUGAAGAAGAGGAUGAAGAAGAAGAGGAAGAGGAGGGGGAAGAAAAUCCUGAUGACUGUUUAAUGAGUGUAGAGGCAGAAAACAGCCGUCGAUCAGUAACAAUACGCCAGCCUGCUGUAGAUGAUGAAGUACACUCUGACAAUGACUCGAUGAAGGUCAGAAUUAAACUCAAAGGUCGCAGGAGUGAAUCUAAUAGUCUACCUGGUCGCAAGAGCGUGAAGAAACUGUCAAAGAAGCUUUUCAGUGAGGAUGAUGAAGAAGAAGAGGAGGUAUGUGCUAGUGUGGAGAAUCUGCCUGAGAGAGAGUGAAUUUGAGAUGUAAACAGAACACUUUUAGACUAUGAUAUUUGCAUUACGACUGUAGACUUUGAAUUCUAAGAGGGUAAACAUUCCACUCUCUAAUGCACGUUGUCUGUGCCUUUCUUUUGCUGCGUGAACGUUUCCAGGUUGACUCGGCGCUUUUCAUGUACACGGGGGAUCAUAUGGAGCUUUACUGAGACAGUUUUCAGACAUUGAUUGAAUGCUUAGUGUAAAAUGUGCUAACCAUGGAUAUGUUUUCUUGAUUUUUUUAUGUUUAUGUUAAAUAUUGAAUACAUACAUGGUGAUUGCAAGCUUGGUAAAGCAACUUAUGAUUCAUCCUGUAUGUUAAAAAAAGAUUCAUGAAUAUAUCUUAUCUGAUUCAGGCACCGCCACGGUGGUCUAGCAGUUAGAACGCUGGGCUUGUAAUACUGGGGCCCCGGGUUCGAUUCCCGGCGGUACUCAGAUUUACAACUGGUGUUGGGCAAGGCCGUGGUCCAGGCAUCACAGAG